CAAAAAAGACAAGCAAAAAAACCACCAGAAUCAGGGCCCGUCAUUGGACUUGCCUCCACAUCACUCUCCCGUCGCGUCCUACCUCGCAAACACUCAUGGCGUCACCCAACGGAACCGGCUACCUCCUUCCGGCCGGGGCCCAGGGGCUUGCCAACUACCCGCACGCCCGAACCAUCCCCAGCACAGCGAAGACGAUCUUCGUCUCGGGCAUCUCCAGCAGACGCGCCGACGGCACAUUCGAAGGUUGCGAGACGAAACCCGAUGGCUCCUACGACCUAGACUGCGGCGCCCAGACGGCGGCGGUGCUGCGCAACAUCGAGACGGUCAUCCGCGGUGCCACCGACGGCAAGCGCGGGCUGGAGAGCGUUGUCGAUGCGACUGUGUUCCUGAUGGACAUGAAACGGGACUAUGCAGCCAUGAAUGCCGAGUGGAAUAGGAUAUGGCCGGACCGCACCAAGGCGCCGACGCGGACCUGCGUGCAAGUCGCGGCGUUGCCAAACGAGAAGAUCCUGGUGGAGAUCAAGUGUCAAGCGGUUGUAUCGGAUUGAGGAGGAGUCUAGAAGUGGAGUGGGCGGGUGGCAGUUCUCAUCAUCAGUGGUGCAAUUCAAACUACAAAGUACAAAGUUGGUGCUGCAAUUCAUGCAGGGGCCUGAGCUGGGGCGUCUCAAAGCAACGUUGAGUCCAAGGUUCCCGAAGGACCGGAUAUCCCUUUAAUCAUAUCAAUUCAAAGCCCAUCGAAUUCUCA